UGCCACUCCCGCCCCGCCGCGCGUGUCUUCCUCGUCCUGCUCCUUUUCCUCCCUCCGCUCCCCUGCAGACGCCGGUCUGCGCGCCCUCCAGCACCAGUGACAGCGAGAGACAGGCUGACAUGAGAGAUUCGGCUGUGCCCUGCACUAGAGAGCUUACUGGUAGAAGAAUUAAUCCCUGAAGAGACUGAAGUGAGUUUCAGGAUGGCGAAAGAGGAGCCCCCGAGUAUCUCAAAGGACUUGCAGGAGCUGCAAAGGAAGCUGUCUUUGUUGAUAGAAUCCAUCCAGAAUAACUCGGAGGUGGUAGCCCUUAUGAAGUCUCCAGUGGGGCAGUACCUGGACAGGCAUCCUUUUGUGACUCUCACCCUGCUGGUGUUUGCUGCUAUGUCGGCCAUUCCUGUUGGGCUCUUCCUGCUCCUCGUGGUGCUUACCUUCCUGGCCGCUUUUGUGGGAGUCAUAUUACUGGAAGGACUGGUCAUCUCUGUGGGCAGCCUCUCACUGCUUUGUGUCCUCUGUGGCUUGGGCUUCAUGUCGCUCAUCAUAUCGGGGACAAUCAUAGUGUCCUACAUGGUGGUCUCCAGCCUCGUCAACUACUGGUUUUCUCCCAGACCAUUGACACAACAAAACUCUAGUGGCGACUGUCAGCUGGCUAUGAAGUCCACAGACUUAGAGGGGUUCUACCAGGAAUGACCGGCUGAACGGAACCAGAGCUUUUUGCCAAGCACCUCUGGAAGGCUGUUGGAUCAUACACAGCCCUCAGGAUUGUGACUGAGAAGGGGGCCAGGUAGUCAAGCGCUCCUUGGAGGUGUCCUCUAGCCUUCUUCACUUGUUUGUAGGAUCCUGCAGUGGCUACCUUGGGGAUUUUGUUGCUCUUGUGUCAGUUCUGUGGGCUGAUCCACCCUCACUUGGAGAGUCUGCAGAGAGCUGCGGUGGCUCAUCAGCUCCUCCUGCCUCUCACCCCCUCCUCCCCAAAGAUGCAGACUUGACCUUGGGAGGAUCCUGAGCCUCUAGAGCCCAGCAGCUUGACCUCAAAGGCUUAGAUCUUGUGUCCAAGGGCCCAAUUUGGGGCAACUGUGGAUUGUUUUUUCUUUUUCUUUCUUUUUUUUUUUUUAGAAACAAGAGAAGCUGUUUAUUUCUUCACUCAUUUGAAACAAGAGAACAAGACAUGGGGGAAAAAAAAUCCCAAACAGAGCAAGCUCUUCUGUGGUAUUAGCUUUUUGUCAGGAAGAAUAGCAACAUUUGGCAGUAAUGGCCUCUCAGACAAAGUUAGAAAAUAGAAUCCAAACUUAGCUUUAUGGCCAAGAGCAAUUUUUAAAAGUCUAAAGGUGUAGUUUCCACUGUUGAGUACUAUUUCAUGCUGUUACUCUUUUAAAUAUUUGCACUUGAUACUUUUGUAUUGUUUUAAAGAACUUGUCUUGUUAAGCCAUUUCUUUAAAAAGUCUUAUGAAAAUGCUAAUGGACUACAAAAAUGUUAAAAAACCCUAUGGGAUUUCUCCUUCAGUGGUUUAUUUGCUGUAACAUUUCAUUCAAUAAAUAUUUAUUUAGAUAA